CUCGACUCUUUGCCCUACACCCCUUCUUGGACCCGACUGUCCUCAAUUCAUCGGAACAUCACCGAGCUUGAAGAGGAUAUUGACCUGCCCAGUAGCGCCAUCGAAAGAGAUACAAGAACCCCGACUCGUCAACUUUUUUUAAUUCUGAAAACCGAUUCGUCAUGUCCACUGCAGACCACGGCCGAGACCCCUGCCCCUAUGUCAUCUUGAACGAUUUCGGAGGAGCGUUCGCGAUGGGUGCUAUUGGUGGUGGUAUUUGGCACGGUAUUAAGGGUGCUAGAAACUCCCCUCGAGGCGAACGUCUCCCCGGCUCUCUCUCCGCCAUCAAAGCCCGUGCCCCCGUGCUCGGUGGAAACUUUGGUGUCUGGGGUGGUCUCUUUUCGACAUUCGACUGUGCGGUGAAGGGGUAUAGGCAGAAGGAGGAUCCGUGGAAUGCUAUCAUGGCGGGGUUCUUGACGGGUGGCAGUUUGGCUAUUCGAUCUGGACCGAAAGCCGCGUUGGGAGGUGCUGUCGGAUGUGGUAUCCUGCUCGGUGUCUUUGAAGGUGUCGGUGUUUUGAUGAACAGGAUGUUUGCGCAGCCUAUUCCUCAGAUGCAAUUACCCGAACAAGCUCCCCCACCCACCCCUGCCGUCGCCUAAUUCAAUCUCCCACUCCUCUCCCCUCUCCCCCUUCCUCCUUUCCCUUGCCCAAUGACCUUCAAAUUCCCUAUCCCUAUCCCCCAGCUCCCUCCGACCAUCCUUCUUAAUACUAUCAGCAUAAUCCGCCAUUCCCCCUGGGGAUUGGCUUAUCUUUUCUUUGUAGCGUUUUGGCGAAUUUUCGCCGGGGGGGGGGGGCGGCUGAGGAGGGUUGGUGAGAAGCGAGAGGUGCGAAGUGAUAACGGAGACGAGG